AUGUCGCGGCUCGGUCCUUCGGGCAUGCUGUUCUUCGCGCACACUGUCCUCGAGACCGUCCUCGGCGCCAUGAAGCUGCGUGGGCGCUACGAGGGACAGACGGCGGCGGGGCCGGAGGCCAAGUUUGUGCGGCACCACGGCGUGUGCCUCCUCUCGCUCGCGCUCCUCGCCGCAUGUACGCUGCUGCGGAGAGAGGUGGACGCGCCCACGGGCGGGCUUGUCAGCGCCGUGCUCUGCUUCUUCCACGCCGCCGCGACCGCCGUGCAUGCUCACGCCUUUGCGCUCGGCUCCGCGAAAUCGCUCAGCACGAUGAUGAUGCACCUGCCAUUUGCCGUCGGCUUCGCCUUUGACGCACUCCGCACACGCGGGGCGCGAGACGGCUCCGCGCGUCGCAAAUAG